CAGACGGCUGGCGGCUGCAGCCCAAGGGCCGCCGUGUGAGGCCGGGGCGCGGGGGAAGAGCGAGAGGGUGGUUUCUUCCGCGCGGGCGGGUUAGCCGGGCUGAGAAGGACGCCCCUGAGGCGAGACAGGGCGGAGGAGGAGGCGGACAACAGCGGCGGCAGCAGCGGGGAAGGGGGCCCUAGCUCGCCUCAGCCUGCUCUUGUCCGGAGGGGGGUGUUCGGGGGCGCCCUGCCUCGGGGUGUGUGUCCUACCCAGGGGUGGUGCGGGACAUGGCGAGCUCGACUAACACAAACCCCGUGCCUAAAUUGUAUAGGUCUGUGAUUGAAGAUGUCAUUAAUGAUGUCCGAGAAGUCUUCCUUGAUGCAAGUGUGGAUGAGCAAGUCCUUGUGGAACUUAAAACACUAUGGGAAAACAAAUUGCUGCAAUCCAAAGCUGUUGAUGGAUUUCAUUCAGAGGAACAGCAACUUUUACUGCAAGUACAGCAACAACAGCAGCAGCAGCAGCAGCAGCAGCAACAGCAGCAUUCCCAUCAUCAUCACCACCCGCAGCCACAGCAAACAGUUCAGCAACAGUCCCAGCAAGUCCUUAUUCCGGCAACACAGCAAACACCUCAGCCUCAAGUUAUUAUGCCAGAUUCCAAACUGAUACAGCACAUGAAUGCAUCAACCAUGAGUGCUGCUGCUACAGCAGCCACUUUGGCUUUGCCUGGUGGAGUUCAGCAGAUACUCACAAAUUCAGGCCAACUCUUACAGGUGGUUAGAACUGCCAGCGGUGUUCAAUAUUUUAUUCAGCCUCAGCAGCAAGUAGUUCUACAGCAGCAGGUUAUACCACAAAUGCAACCUGGUGGAGUUCAGUCUCCUGUCAUUCAACAAGUUUUGGCCCCAGUUCCUGGAGGGAUCUCGCAACAGACAGGAGUGAUUAUUCAACCCCAGCAGAUCUUAUUUACAGGAAACAAAGCCCAAGUAAUACCUACAACUGUGGCUGCACCUACACCAGCGCAAGCACAGAUUUCUGCAGCUGGUCAGCAACAACCUCAGCAACAACCAGCACAACCACAGGCACCUUUAAUGCUGCAAGUAGAUGGUGCAGGUGAUACAUCAUCUGAAGAUGAAGCAGAGAAGGAAGAAUAUGAGCCAGCACAAUCACAGGCACUUUCAGUGCUGCAAGUGGAUGGAGCAGGUGAUACAUCAUCUGAAGAAGAGGAGGAGGAAGAGGAAGAUUAUGAUGAUGAUGAAGAGGAAGACAAAGAAAAGGAUGGAGGUGAAGAUGGCCAGGUUGAGGAGGAACCUCUCAAUAGUGAAGAUGAUGUUAGUGAUGAAGAAGGACAGGAAUUAUUUGACACUGAGAAUGUUGUAGUGUGCCAGUAUGACAAGAUACAUAGAAGUAAGAAUAAGUGGAAGUUUCACCUCAAAGAUGGAAUCAUGAAUCUUAAUGGCAGAGAUUAUGUAUUUUCCAAAGCCAUUGGAGAUGCAGAAUGGUGAAUACAGAAAAUAAACUCAAAGCUAGACAAGAAAGGUUGAGACUUGGACAGUACACUUCAACAGAAAUCUCUCUCUGCAGACCAUAAAGAAACAAUAGAACUAAGGUUACCAGGACAGAAGAAUAGCAUGGCAAUGUUGACACUAUUUCAAAUGGGAAAAUUGAGGCAUUGGUGCAGCUAGCUCUGUCUAACAGCUGGUUUUAUAUGAAUACCUUAAUUAACCACUUCUACCUAUAGAUAAAGGUAACUAGCAUGUGAUGCUUAAUCUCCCCUUAUGCUGAUUUGAAGGAACUCUUCUUUUUGGUAACAGUACUAUGGAAAAGGCUUAGUGUGUGUUUGUGCAUAAAUUGUGCUGAAAUGAUCCCCUGGGGAGUGGGAUUGGUGAGAAUCUUGCUCAAAAUUGUAUGCGGGGAUUUAGCCAAUUGGUGAGGAUUGAGGUGUUGAGUUCUAAUUACUAUUGAGUAAACUAUUUUUAAAUCUCUUGUGCUGGGCCAUGUAUAAUUUUAUUGACAGUUUUAGGCCUUUUAUAUAAAUUUUGAUCCUGGUACCAAAAGAUCUCAUUCGUAUUUUAAAUUUAAUAAUGCUGAACAUUUUAUUUAAAAGGAGGUUGUGCUUUAAAGUAGCCUAUGGAUGAAAGUGAUAAAAAAAUCACCAUCUCUCUUUGCUCUCUUAAUAAAAGAUUCUUAAAUAUCCUUAAAUAUUGAGCAAAUAGUAACUUAUUUGUUGAAUAGAGAAUUAUAAAUCUUUUAAAAAUAAUUCCACUUGUGAACAUAAUGUGUAUUUUCCAAGGCGAAGUGAAUGUGCACUGCAAGUGGCGAGAGCAGAAGUUAUAGGUGACUAUGCACUUUGGAAAGGGAACUAAAACAUUGAAGGAGCUUCCAUUUCUCAAAUCAAUUAGAGAACUGAAUCACACUUAUUCUAAUAAGUAAUAAUUUAAUGUAAUCUCAAAGUAUUGUUGAAGAUAAAUUUCUCAGUUGUAGCAAUAGCAUUUGGGAAUCAGGUUUUCAGCAAUGCAGGCUUUCAUAAUGAGAAGCAAAGGGCUGAACAUCAGCCAUAUUAAGAAAGCAACACACCUCCAAAUGGUUCAUUCUUGCAAGAUAUGUAUUACACAUGGUAGCCAACUAUGAAAAGCAGUGAAAAAAGUCCAGGGAAUGGUAAGUGAAGUAAUAGGUGUGUGAUAGUAGAAAUGCCAUCUUUCUUCAAUACUAACAUUUCUGUUCUUACAAAAAUGAAACAUUUUGAAUACUAAGCAAAAUUGUCAGUGCAUUUAAUCACCAUUACUCAGUUUUCUCUUCUGUUCCCAAGUUAAUUUGUUUGCAUUUCAAUGUAAAUCUAUCGGUUAUUUCUGCUUGAAGGAAACUUAUAAUAUAUUGCAAUGGGCAAUUUUUCUAUCCCACGCUAUCUCUAAAGCUGGCCAAACAUGUUAAUUCUGUUGUAUAAUAACAUUUGUAAGGCAUUUGCAUUUUUAUACCACAUAAAUGUAAUUGAAGGCUUCAUUUUCUGGCCAUAUUAAUUGUUCAUUGAACCUGAAUUUCUUUUGGGUGCAGUGGAAUUUUGGCUUUGGACUUGUAGAUAUCUUCAAGUAGCUUAUUCCCACUAUGUAAAAUAAACAGACAUACCACUACUAUACAUAUCAACUUUUUGAUUACAUUGAAAUCAAUUGCCAUUUUUCAUUAAACU